CUUUAAAAGUGCACCAAAAGACUGACGAAAUUGAAUGUCAAUACAAACGAGUGAUUGAAGUGAAGAUUAUUUUGUGGAAAAAUCCUCAAACACUUUGAGACCAACUCACAGACAAUCAGAUCAUCACUUUGUGUGCAUUGAGACCACACCACACUUACUUUGAAAGCAGUUGAACCCAUUUGGUGGCAAUUAUCUCAACAAUGGUGCGCAAGUUCUUCGUGGGAGGCAAUUGGAAAAUGAAUGGCAGUAAAGGUGUGAAUCAGGAGAUCAUUCAGACACUCGUGACGGGACCUCUCGAUGAUAACACCGAGGUGGUGGUAGCGGUUCCGAGUAUCUACUUGUCUGAAGUGAGACGGGUCCUGCCAUCGAAAGUAGGUGUGUCCGCACAGAACGCAUACAAAGUAGCGAAGGGGGCGUUCACUGGAGAGAUC